AUGGAAAACCUCACCAUCUCAGAUGCCCCUCAACAACCGGGAUCGGCGCCUCCUCCUGGAGCUCGCGGCCCUCCGCAAGGCCCUCCACAGCUGCCGCCGCAGAUGUUCACAACGGCCGCCCAACUUCUCGACCUAACGGAUAAGAAGCUCAUGGUUGUCCUGCGAGACGGAAGAAAACUAAUCGGAGUACUAAGAAGUUGGGAUCAAUUCGCAAACCUAGUCCUCCAAUCAACAACAGAAAGAAUAUUCGCUUUCAAACCUGGCACCGACCCCUCUGCUCCCGAGGGUUACUACGCCGACAUAUCGCACGGCAUCUUCCUCGUCCGUGGUGAGAAUGUGCUUCUUCUAGGCGAAAUUGACCUCGACAAGGACGAUGAUCCGCCUCCUGGAUUCGAACCAGCUGAUUUGGAGCUCGUCAAGAGGCUGGCCGACGAGAAGAAGGCUCAAGACAAGGCCAAGGACAAGAAGAGACUGCAGAAGCUGGCUACGAUGGGUUUUGAGGGUGAAAACCUAGGAGAGAUUGUAUUUUAG